AGCGCAGGGGCGGGGCCCGGCGCGCACUUCCGGCGGGAGAAUCCCGGGCCCGGAGCGCUCGCGGCCGAGCAGAUCUGGGGACCUGUGAGCCCUGCGUCCAGCUAACCAUGGACCGGGUCGGCCCUGGCCACCAGCCCAUUAGGUGAGGAGUCCGACUCGGGCCGGUUGAGCAUUGCCACCUAUGGAGGUGAAGAGAACUCUUCCAGCUGGGGGACCUACCCUUUGAAAGCCAUUGUCCAGCUCCUCCAGCCCUUCCUGCUGGCCAUCUUCAAGAGAGGUGCCUGUCCCUCUUGGCCCAGGGGCUGGAGUCCUGCCCCUCCUCCACGGAUGGGGAGGUGGGCCCUGGACGUGGCCUUUGUGUGGAAGGCAGUGUUGACCCUGGGCCUGGUUCUCCUCUACUACUGCUUCUCCAUCGGCAUCACUUUCUACAACAAAUGGCUGACCAAGAGCUUCCAUUUUCCGCUCUUCAUGACCCUGCUGCACUUGGCUGUGAUCUUCCUGUUCUCCGCCCUGUCCCGGGUGCUGGUUCAGUGCUCCAGUCACAGGGCCCGCGUGGUGCUGAGCUGGACUGACUACCUCAGAAGAGUGGCUCCCACAGCACUGGCAACAGCACUUGAUGUGGGCUUGUCCAACUGGAGCUUCCUCUACAUCACCGUCUCACUGUACACUAUGACCAAAUCCUCCGCUGUGCUCUUCAUCCUGAUCUUCUCGCUUAUCUUCAAGCUGGAGGAGCUGCGCGCGGCCUUGGUGCUGGUGGUCCUCCUCAUCGCUGGCGGCCUUUUCAUGUUCACCUAUAAGUCCACACAGUUCAACGUGGAGGGCUUCGCCUUGGUGCUGGGGGCCUCGUUCAUUGGUGGCAUCCGCUGGACCCUCACCCAGAUGCUCCUACAGAAGGCCGAGCUGGGCCUCCAAAACCCCAUCGACACCAUGUUCCACCUGCAGCCACUCAUGUUCCUGGGGCUUUUCCCUCUCUUUGCUGUAUUUGAAGGUCUCCAUUUGUCCACCUCUGAGAAAAUCUUCCGUUUCCAGGACACCGGUCCUCUCCUGAGGGUUCUCGGGAGCCUCUUCCUGGGUGGGAUCCUCGCCUUCGGUUUGGGCUUCUCUGAGUUCCUCCUGGUCUCCAGGACCUCCAGCCUCACACUCUCCAUCGCAGGCAUUUUUAAGAGCCAGCUCCAGCUAACCGCCUCUUCCUGCCUCUGCCCACAGGAGGUCUGCACCCUGUUGUUAGCAGCUCACCUGCUGGGUGAUCAGAUCAGCCUCGUCAACUGGCUGGGCUUUGCCCUCUGCCUCUCAGGCAUCUCCCUGCACGUAGCCCUCAAGGCUCUACACUCCCGAGGUGAUGGCAGCUCUAAGCCCCUGAAAGGUGUGGGUUCCAGCGCCGACCUGGAGCUGCUGCUACGGAGCCAGCAGGAGGGAGAGGACAACGAGGAGGAGGAGGGGCCGCAGUGAGCAGCAGCCCACGCGCAGGAGAAGCGGUCCACCCAGCGAGCAGCGCUGCGGGGACACUCACUGCGGGGACACUCACUGGGCAGCAGCUCAGAGCCCCGGGAGUUCCUUGCAGUGGCCGGGGAGUCUCUGGGGAGGGGCUGGGUCAGGGGCUCAUUGCUCCUGCCCUUCCCUUCAACCAACAGGGUGCCCCUGCCCAGGACUUGGCCAGAGCUGGGCCCGCUGUGCUAGACCGAGGCAGUGAGGGCGCAGUGGCUCUUUGUCCACCGGGCUCUGAAAGCUGAGACUUGAGCAGGAAUGCUCCCCAGGACAAUGGCUUUGGACUGCUGGGCAGUUAGGAGUGGAACACGGAGAGGCUGGGCCUCAUCUCCUGGACAGCGGCUUCCUUGGAGAGGCUUAUUUAUACUCGGGAAAUAAAUGGUUUCCGGUCCACUGGUCCUCACAUUGUGAGGCAUGAGGGCAGGGAGAGCCCUGGGCCUGGCCUUCCCCCCCUUCCCCUGCCUGAGGCCUUGCUCCGCAGCCUGGCCUCCUGCCUCACUCUUCUCUGUGAGCCCAGAGCCCCCUCCUUGGAUCCCCGCCACACCUGCAGGCAGAAAAUAAAUGGAUAUUUGUUCAGAA